GACACCUCUGGUCAGUGCAGUCUUCGAAGAAGAAGGAAGAUUCAGAAUCUUCUUGGGAGCCCAGAUCAAUGAUGGACAAGCAAGACUUAGCUGGACUUGCAAGAAGAAGAGUGCCCAGUGACUUCAACAUUGGGAACAGCGGGGAAUUUUUGGAAAGAACCACGCAGGAGAUCCUGGGCGAGGAGGAAGCCCUCAGCUCGGAUGUACAGCGCCAGCAGUUUAGGCAUUUCUGCUACCAGGAAGCCAAAGGGCCCCGAGAGGUUUGCAACCGGCUCCACCGUCUCUGCCGCGAGUGGUUGAAUCCAGAGCGACGCACGAAAAACCAGAUCCUGGACCUGGUGAUCCUGUUGCAGUUCCUGGCCGUCCUCCCCCCGGAGAUGGAGAGCUGGGUGAGGGAAUGCGGAGCAGAGACCAGUUCCCAGGCGGUGGCCCUGGCCGAAGGUUUCCUCCUGAGCCGGGCAGAGGAGAAGAAGCAGGAAGAGCUGCAGGGCCUGUUUGCAGAAGGGGCCACUGGUUUCCCUGAGGCAGAGAAGACGUCUUUGGACGCCAGAGGGAGUCCCCUGAGAUGGGUGGUCGUGCAGGAGGGGGACCAAGGUGCCACCUUACCAGGUGAUGGAAUGAUGCUGGCAGGACCGUCUCGGCUGCAUCUUCCUUCUGGCAGAGGGGAAGCAGUCGCCAUGGGACCAGAUCAGGUAGGGGAAACGAAGGGCCUGACCGAAUCUCUCUCCUUCCCUUUGAUUCUUCCUUUGACGAAGGCUGUGGGUGCCCAUCAUUAA